GGACGCGGACGUUUUGAAGCGACGCCUCCGGAGUUUCCCAGCAGCCACCGCGCCACCAAGCGGCUUCAUGGGAAAUGUAGUUCCCCGGCGCCUCUUUCUGUGAGGAGAGCGCUAGAGAGAGGAAGAAAAUUUGGAUAUCUGUGUACAGACAGUAGAAUCAUGGGCCUCCAUUUGUGCUUUUUGUGAGAACUGAGUGUGCUAUCUCAUCUUGACACUAUGGAUAGUAGAUGUUAUGGCUGUGCAUCAAAAUUCAGUGUCUUCAAGAAACAGUGUGGAUGCAGGAACUGUGGCCGGUUAUUUUGCUCAGGGUGCCUUGGAUUCAGUGCCAUUGUUCCCCGUUGUGGAAACGCUCAACAGAAGGUUUGCAAGCAGUGUCAUGGGGAAUUAACAGGUGGUCCAUCAAAAUCCAAUUCAGCUAAAUGGUCUCCGCCACAGAACUAUAAAAAGCGCAUAGCAGCUUUUGAUGCUAAGCAGAACCAGCCACAGGGCCUUCAGAAGGGCUUGGUGAAAUCCCAAAGUCAAACAGACUCCCGAUAUCGAGAUCUGUCCAAAGAGGACCGAGUUCUAGCAGAGAGAUUGGAGAGGCUCAAGAAGGAGACACGGCCAAAGUCCAUUCCUUCGCAGGCUGAGAUAGAAUCUAGACUGGCAGCACUGAAAGAUGACCCUGCAAGACCUAUUCCGUCAGCCCAGGAGAUGGAAGACCGUCUGGCAGCUUUACAGGGCAGAACGCCUCCCUCCACAGCUGCCCAAUCAGUACACCAGUUCUCUAACACCCGGACACAAACCGAACAGUCACAGGACCUGUUGAACCAGAUGGCUGAGGAAGUUGCCAUUGACAAGAAUGGUGGUUCAGGAGUUACUCCUCAAGAAGUUAGGACGCAGACCUUGAAUGACUUAAAUCGAACUGACAGUACUGCUGGCAUAAUGGAUCUGGAUCCCAAACAGCUGGAAGAGGAAAAAAACCGGCUUCUUGCAGAGGCUGCUUCUGAGCUGAGGGAGGAAAACACCAGGGCUGAGAAGAUUCUAGAAGUAGCCAAGCGAUUAGCAACACUCAAGGGCCAAGAUCCUGAUUCAGUUACUUUGGAUGACUACAAACUUCCCAACAGUGAUGAAGAAAUGGAGGAGGAGGAAGCCAUUCAGAGAGUUUUAAAACAGCUUACUGAGGAAGCUGCUCUGGAUGAAGCAAGUGGCUUCAACAUCUCCCCAGAUCAGUCCACUCAGCCACUAACUAUACAGCAGAAACCAGCCAAGAAAACUGCACAGGCCAAAGUUCCAACUGUUGCUAAACUUCCCAUCUUGCCUGCUAAAGCAUCAGACAGUGAUGAGGAAGAGUUGCCCUGGUGCUGUAUCUGCAAUGAAGAUGCUGUCUUGCGCUGCCAUGGUUGCGAUGAUGACCUCUACUGCCAGCGAUGCUUCAGAGAAAGCCAUGAUGAGUUUGAUCGGAAAGAGCAUCGGACAGCUAGUUAUCACCCUUCCCGUGAUCACAAAUGAGCCAAAAGACAAAUGGAGAAAAAUGAAAAAAGAAAACAAGAGAAAUAGGAGGAGGAGAAGGGGAAAGAAGGGUUUGCCAUUGCAACAUGAGCUGGGAGCUUCUUGGAUUGUGAACAGCCACUUCUCAGUGCUGACAAAAUUGGUGGAAAAGGCAACUGCUAUGAA